CGCCGACGCAGAGAGGGGAAACGAGGCGAACGAGAGAGAUAAGAAGGGAACGGAGGAGUAGAGUUUGAUCCUGUAGAUGGAGAGGCGGGAUGCUGCGCCGACGAGGCCGCCGAACCCCGGGGCGGGGGUGCCUUACCGAGAGGACUGCUGGAGCGAGGGGGAAACCUCCGUGCUUUUCGACGCCUGGGGUGAUCGCUACAUCGAAUUCAACCGAGGGAACCUCCGGCAGAAGCAGUGGCAAGAAGUCGCCGACGCCGUUAACUCCCGACGCGGCGCCGGCCGCCGACCGUUGCGCACCGACGUCCAGUGCAAGAAUCGGAUCGACACGCUCAAGAAGAAAUACAAGGUCGAGAAGUCCAAGGUUGCUGACGGCGGCGAGAGCCAGUGGCCCUUCUUCUCCCGCCUUGAUGACCUCAUUGGAUCCGCCCUACCUCCGAGCUCCGAGAAGCAAUCCAUGUCUCCGCCACCUCUCGCUCAUCCGAUGCCUUCGCAUCGAAAAGGCUCUGCCUUGCCCGUUGCCUCCGCCGUUCGACCAGCGGAGCCAAAGAAAAAGCCUGGGGCUCCUAUUUCCGCAGCUGUAGACAACGCUUUCUUCAGGCGUGCUGCUGCUGCGGCGGCUGCCGCAGCUGCAGACGAUGAUGACGACGAUGAGCAGGAGAAGGAAGAUGAUGGUUCAGAUUCGUUAUCAAGGUCGCCGUCAAGGUCUGGUAGAGGAUUGAAAAGGGCGAGGGAAGAAGAGGGCAGCGGCGUUCGCGAACUGGCUAAGGCAAUCAUGAAGUUUGCUGAGAUAUAUGAGAGAGUGGAGGAAUCAAAGCAAAGACAGAUGAUUGAGCUGGAAAAACAGCGGAUGGAGUUUGCUAAGGCGUUGAUGUUCCAGAAGGUGCAGAUCAUCGUGGAUUCGCAGAUGCAUCUUGCCAAAAUUAAGCGUUCGAAGCGAUCUGAUACUGGUAAAAGAGUUGAUCUUUCACUCCACCCUACCCUAGCCCAUUUGUAGGUUAGUUUAUUCUUCUUCUUGGCCAAUGCCUACUUGUGGUACUGAAUUAUCUCUUCCUAAUGUGAAUUGGAACUGGAGCUUAUAUUCAUGCCAUGAAUUCUGUCUGAA